AUGGAUAUUGAAUCACUGUCAGUGACACAAAAGGAGGCGCUCUCACAGCUGCAGGCCCUUAUGGAUGGCGGGGACCAAGAUGUUGCGAUAGGUGUGCUCCAGAGCGCCGGUUGGGAUGUCCAGCGCGCCGCAGAAAUAAUAUUUGACCAUGGCACUCCAGCUCCAGCUCCAGUCUCUCGGCCACCCGUCGAAGAAUUUGAGAUUGACGACUCCGAGCAAGGUCUGCUCAUACCGAACGGCCGCGGCAGGGAAUUUAGGCCAAUACCUACUUCGUCUUCAGUCACCCUAGCUCGUCCGCUUCGUGCUAUCCUAUCCGUGCUCGUCUUCCCCCUUCGCAUCCUCACCUCUAUCAUUCGGUUUAUCUUCCGCGUUCUGCACAUUCCGCUUCCGCAAUUUGCGCCGUUCACUUUCUCAAACCUCACGUUCACCUACCGGCAGCUUCCCGGAAUGAACCGCGACGGGAAAGCGAUGGAUUCGAAGAGCGUUGUGGAGCGCUGGGUGCGUGCGCUGGAGGAAGAGACAGGGGCGGUGUGCGUCAGCCGCAGUGGCACAACGCACAAGAACGUGGGAACGCCAGUCACGAAUGGGCAUGGGUUGAGCUCUGGUACCGCCGCGGGUGUUGCGGGACCAUCGUCGUUAACUUCUAGGCCGCCUCGAGGUGUCGAUGGAGAGGCUGAUGGUGAGACGAAGCUCCUCCCUGACUUCUUCUUGGGGAGCUACGAACAGUUCGUGCGCUCUUGCGAGAGGGACGUGAGGAUCGGUUGUGUUGUGCUUGUCAGUGAGGAACACGAUGACGUGGCUGAAUUCAAGAGGAGCACUUUGACGGACCCAACGCUUGUCCAGGCGAUCCAGGAGAAUGACAUCCUCGUCUGGGGAGGAGAUAUAAGAGAUAGGGAAGCAUGGAGUGCCUCCCAAAAAUUGCAAGCCACUACGUACCCCUUCGUCGCCUUCAUCGCGCUUCAAGCUCGGAGAGGCACCGCGUCGAGCACGUCUCCUGUGCCUACUCUGACAAUCCUCUCACGGCACCAAGGCCCGGCUAUUCCCUCUACAUCCGCUCCGACAGCCGCUCAGUCUCUCGUCACGCACCUCAACGAGCAUCUAUUGCCCCGCGUGACCCCUUUCCUCGCUCGCGUGCGCACCCAGGCUGCAGAGCGCGAGCACGAACGCGCCUUGCGCGCCGAACAGGACCGCGCGUUCGAAGAGACCCGGCGACGCGACAAGGAGCGCGUCGAGCGCCGAUUGGAGGAGGAGAAGCGCUCGCAGGUGGAGCAGAGGCUACGCGAAGAAGCUGAGCAGCGUGAGAGGGCCGAGCGCGAGCGCGCGGAGGAGCGGCGGAGGGCGUACCAAGCUCGCAGGAUGGAGUGGCGGCGGUAUGCCCGGAAGGCGCUCGUGCUGCGCGAGCCGCGCCCCGGCGAGACGGGUAGGGGAAAGACUCUGCGCGUUGGCUUACGCAUGCCUGACGGGCGGCGGGCGGUGCGCUUCUUCGGCGAGGGCGACCCACUCACAGCGCUGUACGCAUAUGUGGACUCGCUCUUCAUCCCGUUGGAAUUCGCGCAGGAUAAGGAUCCGUUCACUGCACCAGCGGGUGUUCUUCCGGGAGAGGCUGGCUUGGUCGAAGAAGUUGAAAGUUCCAGGAAGUCGAAGGACGAGUGGUGGGGCUUCAAACUUGUGCUAGCUUACCCUCGGAAGGAGAUCGUGUGGGAACCCGCUAAGAGGUUAGGCGAUGUGGAGGCGUUGAAAGGCGGUGGACAGGUCGUGGUAGAGAUGGUUUCGGAUGUUGGCGUGGUGAACGGGAAGGGUAAGCGUGUCCAGAAUGCUGAGAAUGGCGUUGAUUCGGAUGGUUAUGCUACCGAGGAGAGUGAGUAA